GAAGUCAGGACGAAGAAAGGGCUGUUUGUAGAGCGCCGUCCCUCGGCCCGCCCUCCCUGCUCAUCUCCGCCGGCACUCGCUCGCUCCCACUGGGAACAGAGAUACAGCUGCCUGGGAAGCGGAGGGGAGUGAAGCAGAAGAGACAGCCCUGGUGCAGGAACCUCUGCAGAAAUGAGGAUGGUGCCGGCGCUGGUCCUGCUGAGCUCCCUGCUCUCCGUCCCUGCUGUCCCCUCCCGGCAUCCCGCCUGCUCCAGGAGAGCCCUGGGAGACCUGCGCUGCCACGACAUCCCCCAGGAGAACCUCCGGCAGAUCCAGGCUGGUCUGCGGGAUCACUUCUGGGCAGGACAAGGAUGCGAGGAGAUCUGUUACUGCCUCCAGGGCGAGCUGCUCUGCUGCCCCAAGGGUAUUUUCUUUGGACCAAAGAUAUCUUUUGUCAUCCCUUGCAACGACCAGUGACGGACCGUCAAGUCUGCGGUGAAGACAACAGGCAUCAUUCUACAAUCACGCAGUCGUGCUUUCGAGGGGAAAAAACAAAACCACCAGCAGCAAAAAACCCUUCUGUUCUAACCACAAGAGAGCGACUCUUUUUACACUGUAGAAUUUCCUUUCUAUACCUUUGUGGAAUCUCAGAUACGUAAGAAGUUCUUUCAAAUUUGGUAGCCGCCUUCAUUCCCAUCCUGGUGUGAAAGACUGCAGAAGCUCCAAACGCGUCCUGAUCUUCAUCCCCCAGCAAAGACCCCAACUCCUCUCACUCAGCACAACAUUCUCCACUACUCUGGGUGAGGAAACGCCCAGCCUAAGCCUCCACCUCACCAGCACCGUGACUCUCGUAGCCACCUACGGCAGCUUCCUACAGCUCUAUUGCCACCACGGUGUAAGCUGAAGCGGCUCGGUCCCCCGGCACUGCUGCAGACGGGCCCCCGCCUUCCAUUUAGGCAGCUUAAAAUAGACAAUAAAAAUACAAAAAAGAAAUACAGAAGGCAAACCUUCACCAUUCCUGUUUGAAAAUCCCACUGGAAAAUAUAAAAAAAAAAAAAGGUCAAAACUCACAUUAACAGCUAAAGCACACCUAGGUCUUCAUUAGAUCUAACGGGUCACCUGCAUUAACUACGCAAUCUGUAGAGCCUUAAAUUGCUUAAUCUUAACAUCGAGCAUUUAAAAUACUAGAACAGUUACAAUAGUGUGUGUGUGUGUGUGUAUAUAUAUGUAUUUUCAGACAGAUGUCUGAAGAGGAUGGGACCGGUGCAAGUUCUGUUAAGGCGACAUAAAAAUCCACACUUAAUCAGCUUUUUCAACCAAGCCUUGUUUGAAAUACAAUACCCCAGAAUUAAGUUAAAAUGCCGGCUUUUUAUUUCUAGGCCAGCCCUGUAAGGAAAGAGCUAGGGAAGGGAAGACAAAGAGGUAUCUCAAGACACUAGAAGUCAUUACCUUAACGCGUAAGGGGCACCACGAUGGAGGCUGCAGGUACACAGUGGCCUCCAACACCAUCCAAUACCCACUGCGGUACGAGGGGAAAGCAGCCAAAAUUCCCGUCCCUUCGCAAGUUUAAGGAAAAUCACCUCAACGAGCCGGGCUUCGGGGCGGUAAAAACAGACGUAGAAAAACCCUGUCGCUAUCGAUGGAUGGCGUGUAGUACGGGAGUCGCUGUUGAGCCUUUCCCACUCAAAAAAUGUCCUGUUCAUCUAAAAAUCUCACACCGUCGCACCACCAACACCGCUGCCACCAGUUCGCCAGCCCGAUCUCACGGGCAGUAUGGAAUAUCACGACUGGUUUUCUUCCCCUGUUAGUAAACGAGCGCUGGAUAGUCGGCGGGGGGGGAGGCUAUUAUACAUAGCUAAUAAUAAA